GCUCACGCUCGCUGUCUGGGCGUGCGCGUACUCGCCACCGUACUGCCGAGUGUGCCCUGCUGGCCGCACGAGCUCGCGUGCGCGCUCGAGGAGGAUGUCACGUCGUUCGCCUCCUCCCGUCCCGCACAAGGUCGCCCCGCCGCCGCCUCCAGCGCCCGCGCAGGGCCGCAGCAUGGAGCAGCCGAGCUACAGCACACCGCCUCGAGCUCGUCCCGACGCCCACAUCGUCCCCGUGUCGCCCUCGCCCUCGCCCUCUACCCCGACGCAUCGCUCGACUUUGUCGACUCGCUCGACUCAGCAGCCCGCCAGGGUCCGCGAGGUGCCCAGGAGCAGAACCACCUCGGUCGACUACGGCCGGUCCAACCCGUUCAGCGACUUUGACUCGCCCGCGCACGACGACCCGCACUCGGUUCCCCUCCUCCCCACCUCGACCUCGUCGCGCUUCGUCCGCCUCAACCUCGACAAGGACGUCCCCGACCUGCCCGACGACGAGCAGCGCCUCCUCCCCGACUCGCCGUCCUCCCCGUCGACAUCCUCUUCCGCCCCUUCCCGACGACGACCUCGACGAGGCGAGGCGGUCACUGCGGCGGGCCGGGCGAGCGACCGCACCCGUCGGUGCGCAAGGUGGUUCCUCGUCGUCGUCGCCGGUGCAGCAGGCGUCGUCGUCUCCGUCGCCCUCCUGACGACGGAGGAUGCGCGGGCGAGCGCGAGGGGCAAGGUCGACGAGGCGGUGCAGGCGGUCGGCGGCUGGGUGGGCGUGGGCACCGUCGCGGCGGGCAGUGGGACCAGCGCAGGAGGACUCGAGGCCUCGGAGGAGCGGUACGACAAGGGGGCCGACGGCGACGAGGUGACGCUCGAGGGCGGCGAGAAGGUCGUCUACCGCAACGCUUUCGGCGGGACCUUUGAUGGAGAUCCGCACUCGCUGUCGGCGAGGGCGCAGGACGACUCGCCGACGCUGAACGAGCCGUGGGACUACGAGCGGCUGCGGAUCCGGGGCGUCAAUCUCGGCGGAUGGCUCACGCUCGAGCCGUUCAUCACGCCGCACCUGUUCGAGCCUUUCCUCGACGCGCCGACGCCGGCCGAGGACGAGUACACCCUGAGCCAGAACCUGCGCGACCAAGGACGACUCAUGAGCACCCUGAGGGAGCACUACGACACGUUCAUCACUGAGAAGGACUUUAUCGCGAUCGCUGCAGCAGGGCUCAACUGGGUCCGCAUCCCCGUGCCGUACUGGGCUGUCGAAACGUGGGUCGACGAGCCGUACCUCGAGAAGGUCGCCUGGAACUAUCUGCUAAAGUCGAUCGGCUGGGCGCGCAAGUACGGCAUCCGCAUCAACCUCGACCUGCACUCGGUCCCAGGCUCGCAAAACGGCUGGAACCACUCGGGCCGACUAGGGUCCAUCUCGUUCUUGCGCUCGUCCAUGGGCCAGGCCAACGCGCAGCGCGCCCUCGACUACAUCGCCGCACUCGCCGAGUUCACGUCGCGCAAAGGCGUGCGCGAGGUCGUGCCCAUGUACUCGGUCCUGAACGAGCCCAUGCUCGCCGAAAUCGGCGACCGGGUCCUGCGAGGAUUCUACCGCAAGGCGUACGAGACGGCGCGCAACAUCACGGGCUACGGACCGCAGCAAGGCCCUUUCCUCGCCUUUCACGACGGCUUCAAGGGCACCCACCGCUGGUACAACUUCCUCGAGUCGCCGUCACCUCAUCGCCCGCACGUCCCGGCGACAGACGGCCUCGAUCGCGUCGCCUACGACUCGCACCGGUACCUCGCCUUUACCGAGCCCGACCUGAGGAGCGUCCGACAGCAGGUCCUCAAGCCGUGCGCCAAGUGGAGCCACGAGUUCAACAAGACGAUGAUCAACGCCGGUGUCGCCAUCUCGGGCGAGUUCUCCCUCGGCGUCAACGACUGCGGCCGCUUCCUCAACAACAUCUUCCAGGGCACUCGGCUCGAGGGCACGUUUCCAAACGAGACGAGCCCGGCGUACCCGCCGACCGCGCCGAGAGGGUCGUGCGAGUUUUGGGAGGACUACGAGCAGUGGGACGAGGAGAUGCGCUCGGCUCUUCGCGACCUCGCGCUCGCGCAGAUGGACACUUUCCAGAACUGGUUCUACUGGACCUGGCGCACCCUGCCCUCGACCACCCACCUCCCUCACCUCCCCGCCAACGCCCUCUGGAGCUACUCGCUCGGCCUCGCUCAAGGAUGGAUCCCGGCCGAUCCUCGCGCCGCAUCCGACGACGGCGGCUUCUGCGUCGCCUACGCCGCCAAGAUCGGCGUCGACCCGGACGCAGGAGGAGGGCGCCGGUACCUCCUCGACGACGUCGAGCUCGGCGCGUGGAAGGUCGGCCGGCCCGGGUCGACCUACAGCGGUCGAGUGCCGCAAGGCGCAGCCGAGUCGCACCGCGCCCUGUACCCGGCGGCCGAGUUCGACACGCCCUCGCGCGGGUGGAACGCCGGCGGGCUCCCCGUCGCGGGCCUGUGGGCCUACGCGCGCGAGGGCGACGCGCCCGUGCUCGAGUCGCCAGCUGGAGCCGAGGGGCCGACGGCUCGAGCGACGGAGAGGAGGUGGGCGUCGAAGAAGGCCGGGUGCAGGUACCCGAGCAGUUGGGGCGCGCCGGCCGAGCCGGAGCAGGUCGGGCUCGUUCCGCCCGAGUGCUCGGUGCAGCAUGCGGUAGAGCGAGGCGAGCUGUAACGAGUCGCAGCAGGCUGUCACGCCGCGGCGUUUU